AUGCAAAUCUGCAUUUGCUCAGUCAAAAGGAAAGAGAUCCUUUGGGCCGGGUUUGACAAGUUAGAGGAUGAGGGUGAUGUGAUUCGCCGAGUUCUUCUCCUGGGUUGUGAGAGGAAUUUUUUGGCAUUUGAAAGUAAUGGGUCCAUUGCCUGGAAAUUACAUUUGGCUUACACUUGCAACGCAAGCCUACCUCCUGUUCAUGGCAGUAGAGGGAAGAUUUUUUUGGUUGCAGAGAACAGAGUCCUGAAUAUAAAUUUUCUUGAUCUUGAAACUUCUCUGCCCACGAAAGAAGUUUUCUUCGGUCAAGAAGAUGCAGGUGAAAUUAUCGGCCUUGCGGUGAGCAGGCUGAGUUCAUCUGUAUUCAUCAAUCACAGGAACCAGGGAUUAUUUGUGUACUUAAUUGGGGGACAAGGACAACUACUAUGGAGUAUUGGACCUAUGACUUCUCAGUUUGGCUACCGUCUAGGUUGCAGGAAAGACGUUACAGAUUGUUAUUUUAAUUCAGUUCCUGUGAUUGCUCAAUGUGAGGGCAGUAUAUAUAUUUCGAAUACUGCAGGGGAACUUUACUCUCUGUCUAUUCGUAGCCCUCACUUCAAUUGGAUCCAGGAUCUAAGCUCAUUUGACAAAGAUUUUACUGUAACACCCGGAAACAAUGCCCAUUUGUAUGUAACUGUACCUAUCAAGGCUCUUGUGUUGGCACUAGAUGUUUCUACGGGCAAUAUUUUAUGGCAGAAGAGCAUUGGACCAUUGAAUGCAGCUGCAUUGGUUCCAGUUGUGGAUUCUAAAGGUUGGGUAUCUAUUGGUUCUUUGGAUGGAUUUCUGUACUCAAUCUCACCUACUGGGGAUGUGAAGAAAUUUGCAAAAGCAUCUGUAUUGAAUCAUGUUAUCCAAGUUAGUCCUUUACUUGAUUGCUCUGGCUAUGCAGUUUAUAUAUCUCAGGCAGAGAUGGAAGGAAAGUUCAGUCGAGUGAUUGGUGAAUAUAAUUAUGUCUCAGCAUUGAGACCUAAAGGUGCAGUCUUCACCUUGCUGGUUCCAGCAACAAGAGGAGAGAAAACGAAAGAUAGCAGAACUCAAGAACAAAUGAACAGAGGAAGAGUUUACAAUCAACGUGGAUUUACUAAUGCAGUUAUACGAGACAUUGAUCUCCAUGAUGACAGCAACUGGGUUGUGAUAAGCUCCUCAAUGGGGGCCAACCAUUUAUUUGCUAUUAAUCCCUUUGGAGGGUCAGUGAACUUUCAAACUUCAGAUGCUAGCCACACCAGUAAAAAUAGUGGAUUAGGUGUAAUGAUGAAAUCACCUGUUUUGCUGACCACCUAA